AUGAUGAUGUUUGUUGCUGCCUUGCAAAUCCAAGAUCUAGAAGAUGAGGAUUCACAAUGGGGUGGUUCUUCGAAAGGUCGUUCGUAUACUGCCAGAAACAGAGAGAUCAUGGAUCAACGUCUGAAAACUCUAUACUUCACAGAUCCAUGCAAGUACGAACCAAAUAUAUUUCGUAGGCGAUACAGAAUGCAACCUUGGGUCUUUGACAGGAUAAUGAGUGAUGUGGCCAACUACGAUCCAUAUUUUGUUCAAAGAAGAGAUGCGACUGGGAGAGUCGGCCUAUCCAAUGAACAAAAGCUUACAUGCGCCAUGAGACAACUCACAUAUGUGGUCACAGCCGACUUCUUUGAUGAUUACAUAGAUAUUGCAAAAUCCACUGCCAUCGAGAUUUUGGAACACUUCACCAUAGCAAUAUGGAAUGUGUACCAUGAGCAUUACCUUCGCCGACCAACACCGGCAGAUCUGCGACGGCUUCUCGACAAGGCAGUAGAAAGAGGAUUUCCGGGAAUGAUCGGGAGCCUCGAUUGUUCCCUAAACGAUAUUAAUGUCCUUGGACAGUCACCUUUGUUUAAUGAUGUGUCUUGUAGUGAAACUCCUCAUGUGAGCUAUGAAGUACAAAAUAGGCAUUAUGGGCAAUGUUAUUACCUUGUUGAUGGCAUUUACCCAAAAUGGGCCGGAUUUGUUCAAGCAAUCAAAAACCCGAGGACAUUGCAGACAAAACAUUUCACAAGGAUGCAAGAAGCAUACAGAAAAGAUGUGGAGAGAGCUUUUGGUAUUUUUCAAGCUCGUUGGGCAAUCAUAAGAGGGCCAGCUCGUGGAUGGAGUACGGAGAAUCUUCAGUUCAUUAUGAUGACGUGCAUUAUCUUGCAUAAUAUGAUUGUUGAAGAUGAGCAUGAUGAAGAUGCAUGCAGCUGA